AUGCCGUGGGUGGCUUUGGAUUUCACCGCCUCAGCCCCCUCCACUCCCCUCCCCUCAGAACCGCUGAUUCGAGUGUUGGGCUAUGUUGUGGAUGUGUGGGCGCGGCAGUGCCACCGACGGUGCAGCCUUGGCGUUUUCUUCCAAAGCGAUCCUUCCCGUCUUAGAAGCGCAAAUGGUUCUUCGGCGGGUGCUGGUCAUUCGGCCCAGCUCCAUGACCCCCAAGGUCCCCCCCGCAAGAAAAAGAAGCGCAUUGGCAAUGCCCUCAACCCCAGUGCGUACCGUCAACGUGCUGCCGCCCCUGUCGAGCUGGGGGACUCGGCCAGCGAGGACGACGAUGCGCAAUAA